AUGCGCUCUGUAAAGUCCCUACUCCUAUGGAGUCUCGCUUCAUUCUCUGCACCAGCAGCCGCCCUCCCUCCACUAUCCGGCGAAACUCGAAACUUCUUAGAAACCUCGUCCCUCUCAAAACGCGCCGACGAUAAACCAAAACCGAAGACUCCGAAAUACUUUGUCGAAGCCGGUCGCAAUAUUGAGCUUGGCCACUACGAUGGGCGUUACUUCAAAUGGAAAAUCGGAUAUGACGAACAUCGCGAUGUUCUUCGAGACUUGAUCCGAAGUUACCUGUUUACUAUGGACAGUUACGGCGUUGAGACAUGGAUCGCUCAUGGAACAUUGCUAGGUUGGUGGUGGAAUGGGCAGAUUAUGCCUUGGGACUAUGAUCUUGAUGUUCAAGUCUCAAACAGCACCCUUCAAUGGAUCGGCGACAACCUCAACCGUACGGAACAUAAUUGGAAUUACACCGAAACUGAUACGGGGAAAUUUAUAUCCAAGAGAUACCUACUGGAUAUCAACCCCCACCAUGUCGACAUUGACCGAGCUGAUGGUAGAAACAUUAUCGAUGGACGUUGGAUCGACAUGCAAAACGGCAUGUACGUUGAUAUUACCGGCCUGCGCGAACGGGAGGUGUCACGACCAGGUAUCUGGAGUUGCAAGAACAAGCAUCGAUACAAGAGCCAGGACCUGUGGCCCAUGCGCAUCACAGAGUUUGAAGGUGUCAGGGCUCGAGUGCCUUUCAACUUCAAUAAGAUUUUGGUUGAUGAAUAUGAUACCAAGAGUUUGGUUACUGAGAGCUGGGCAGGCCACCGAUGGGAUCAUGAUAACAAGAUUUGGAUCAAGGAAAACGAAGAGGAAGCAACGCAGCGUAAGCUCGACGCUGCUGAUCGCCAUUUGGCUGCUGAUAAGCCUGAGGAGGCAACAAGCGAGCCCUCUACUUAA